AUGGUUUGGAGAAUUAACCUAAUUAAGCAAGAGUGAGUGUUGAGAGAUGGAGUGGAGGCAAUGCUAUUUGGAUGUGAUUUUGGUGCCACUAAGCAUUCUCCUCACCAUUGCUUAUCAUUGCUGGUUAUGGCUUAAGGUUCGGACUCACCCUCUCACCACCAUCAUCGGAACAAACGCUGCCGGACGACGAUUCUGGGUCUCUGACAUCAUCAAGGACAACGAGAAAAAGAACAUCCUGGCGGUCCAAACGCUUCGAAACUCCAUAAUGGGAUCGACCCUAAUGGCCACAACAUCGAUCCUGCUAUGCGCUGGGCUAGCAUCCGUCAUCAGCAGCACUUACAGCGUCAAGAAGCCGCUUGACGAUUCCAUAUUCGGUGCCCACGGGGAGGUGAUGGUGGCAAUCAAGUACGUGACGAUCCUAACCAUUUUCCUCUUCUCGUUUUUGUGCCACUCUUUGUCCAUCAGGUUCAUAAACCAGGUGAACAUCCUUAUCAACACUUCCCAAGACCCCGCCUCCGUCGUCGGCCCCGACUACCUGUCGGAGCUGCUUGAAAAAGGGUUCAUCUUGAACACUGUCGGCAACAGGCUCUUCUACGCUGCACUUCCCCUCCUGCUAUGGAUCUUUGGGCCUGUGCUUGUUUUCUUCUGCUCCGUCACUAUGCUCUCUUUGCUUUACAAUCUUGACUUUGUGUUUAGGAGAAACAAGCCAAUGGAGGUUGGAUGUGACUGUGAAUCAGUGUAAUUAUACUAAGAUAGAUAUAAGCUAAUGCCUUCUUGCUUUGUGGUGCGUGUGAUAUUAUAUGAAAGUGUAUUAUUUUAAUAGUUACACUCUCGUGUAAUUAUAAGUGAAGUGUU